AUGCUUGAACACCUCGUGGUCGACAUCUGGAAGUCGCUCAUUCUCUGGGCAGACGACCUGGCGGGGAAGCAGCAGUGGGUAGCUCGCCCCUUCUUCCUCUCUUGUCCCAUGAUACUCUACAUCCUCCCUCCUCCCCCCCCCAAAACCCCAAACCCCUUUCAUCCUGCGGGCAGACAACAUGGCAGAGAAGCAGCAGUGGGUGGCACUGCUUGCUCACUCUCCUUCUCUGCUCUGCUUCUCACCUACCCCUGGAUGUCGCGUCCCUCCCUCCUUCCCUCCCCACCAGUGCACCAGUCGCUCAUCCUGCGGGCAGACAACAUGGCGGAGAAGCAGCAGUGGGUGGCGCGGCUUUCUCGCCUCCCGAUGCCUUCCCAUCUCUCCUUUCAUUCUCUUCCCUGUCCCCCUCUCUCUCCACCAGUCCACCAGUCGCUCAUCCUGCGGGCAGACAACAUGGCGGAGAAGCAGCAGUGGGUGGCGCGUCUGCGCAGCCACACCAAGGCCUUCAAGGAAGGCCCGCCUCCGCCUCCCCCUCCCCCCCUGUCUUCCCGUCCCCACCCGCCAGUCCACCAGUCGCUCAUACUCCGGGCAGACAACAUGGCGGAGAAGCAGCAGUGGGUGGCGAAGCUUGCUCACUUCCCCCUCCCCUGUCACCUACCCCUGCAUGUUGCCCCCCCCUCUCCAUCGCUCAUCCUGCGGGCAGACAACAUGGCGGAGAAGCAGCAGUGGGUGGCGCGCCUGCGCAGCCACACCAAGGCCUUCAAGGACGCGCCACCCCCGCCCCCCCCUUCCUCUUCUACCGGGGGCGACACCGACCAGACAGGGGACGACAGCAGCAGCAGGGAUGGUGGUGACUCUGCUGGUAGUGGCGCUGGUGGGGGGGGGAGCAUUGUGCCUGGGGCGCUGGGGCAGGGAGGGGGAGGGGUGGCGGGGGCGGGGCGGGUGGCGAAUCUGGAGGAGGAGCUGCGGUACCAGGUGACGGAGGUGCGGCGAUAUGUGCAAGCGGUUCUUGUUCACCUUGCCGACAACAUUCCCAAGGCGAUAGUGCUAGCUCAGGUGGAGCGGGCGCGGGAUUCAAUGCUAACGAAGCUGUACCAGACAGUGAGCGGCAUGUCAGACGACCGGCUGCAUUCAAUGCUGCAGGAGGACGCGGAGAGCGCUGGCAAGCGCGACAAGUUCAAGCGCAUGCGUGAUGCCAUGCUGCAACUCAAGCGGGCUCUCAGUCUGCACGAGGCACGGGCAUCUGCUGAGGAUGAAGGGCAAGGCACCAAGGAGACAGUGGACGCGUGGAGAACAGCGUUCAACAAGGCCGCCCCUGCUGCUCCCACAAUCUCAGAAGAGCCCUCAACAGAUUCCAGCCCCCUUCCCUCCCCCUCUUCUCGAAAAACGCCCCCACCACCACCCUCCUCCUCUUCCUCAUCAUCAUCCUCCUCCUCAUCCAAACCUUCCAAAUCCUCAGCUUCGGCAGCCGUAGCAGCCGCUGCAGCAGCAGCGGCCGGUGCUGCUGCUGCAUCUCCCACCCCUCCCACCUCAUCCGCAGCAGCAGGAGCAGCAGCAGCAGCAGCAGCAGCAGCAGGGGCUCCUUAUGGUAUCUCACAUGCCUCUUCCUUCCAGCCCUCCCGCUCCUCCUCCGCCAAUCAACAGCCGCCAGCUAUCACCCGCGGCAUGACCAUGGGCUCAGUGCCCAACCCGCUAGGCGCGGGGGUUCCCGGAGCUAUGGUCCCAGGUCCGGUGAUGGCUCGGGGGCCACCAAUGGUCCCGUCUGCAAGCACUGCCAGGAGUGCAAGUCCGCUGCGGCAGACUCUGGCAGGGGGGAUGGAUGCAGGAGGGGGGAUGGGGAACCCCUUGCGCGCCACGUCUAGGAGAGCCCCCCCUGGCCCACCCACUGGUUUCAGCUUCAAGUAA